AUGGCGCACCCCCCACUCGACACAUUUCAGAUCGGUUGGAUAUGUGCUCUUCCAAUCGAGGCUGCUGCGGCCAAGGAGAUGCUGGAUGAGAACUUUGGCCCUCUUGAUUCUCAAGAUCCAUCCGACUCCAAUGUCUAUACGUUGGGCCGGAUCGGCAAACACUCUGUGCUGAUUGCUUGUCUCCCCGAGGGACAGUAUGGCAAUACUUCAGCCACCACGGUCGCAAAUAAUAUGAUGCGCACCGUUUCGAGAUCGUUGCGCAUUGGACUGAUGGUUGGUAUUGGUGGUGGAAUUCCUUCUGCAGCGCAUGAUAUCCGACUUGGGGAUGUUGUGAUCAACUGCCCUGAAGGUACUAGUGAUGGCAUAGUACACUAUGACACGGGCAAAGUUGUCAACUCGAUGAGGGCUGCCGAGCGUAAGAAUGAUCCUUACUUCCAAAGGUUCCUCACCAGUGCGAGUAAAAGAACCUCACGAACUCGAGAGACCUUUCGUCGACCGGACUCACAUCUGGAUCGACUAUUCAGGCUGGAAUAUGAUCACCCGGCGACGGCAAACAGUUGUGAUGAGUGCCUGGUAGAUUGGGAAGAGUUCAGAACAGAACGUGAGAGCAGUGAUCCACAUCCACAUUAUGGGAUCAUUGCAUCUGGGAACUCUGUCAUCAAGAAUGGACAGACUCGGGAAAAGCUCAGACGCGAGACUGGCGCAUUGUGUUUUGAGAUGGAAGCAGCUGGGUUGAUGAUGGACUUUCCUUGUAUCGUCAUCCGCGGAAUUUGCGACUACGCCGAUUCGCAUAAGAACAACGAGUGGCAAGGAUAUGCUGCUGUGACAGCAGCCUCAUAUGCCAAAGAGCUACUGGGAUAUAUACCAGCAGCCCAGGUAUCGCAAGAGACUUUGGUGGCGGAUGCAUGUGACGAGUUGAAAAACGAAAUUCAAGGAACGAUUACACGACUGGAUCGAUCAUACAAUCAGCGAGAACAACAUCAUCGCGAGAAGAUCACAAAAGCUAUGAUGGAUCAGCAACGAUGUUGCCACCAAAUUUUCAAACUCUCGAACUACACGGAACAAAAGAACAUAAAUCCAAGAAGGACCAAGAAUACUUGCCAAUGGGCUCUACAGAGCCCUGAAUAUCUCCGUUGGUGGGCAAGCAAUGGUAAUGAUCUUCUCUGGGUGUCAGCCGAUCCCGGCUGCGGGAAGUCUGUACUGGCCAGAUCGAUUGUUGACGAUUGCUUGGAAAGUUCGAGUUCAAAUGUGACUAUAUGUUAUUUCUUCUUUAAAGACAACGAAGAACAGAACCAUCUGACUUCGGCACUGUGCUCUAUACUUCAUCAACUAUUCGACCGGCGACCUCAUCUCUUGAGUCAUGCUAUGCCUUCCUUUGAAAAGAAUGGACCAAAGCUUCGAGAAGAGGUCGAUGAGCUAUGGCGGAUAUUUCUAGCUGCAAUAGCAGCUGACGUACCACACAAGACAAUAUGCGUGUUUGAUGCACUCGAUGAAUGUCGUGAGGUUGAUCAGGAACGAUUAAUUGAGAAACUCCGAUCUUUUCACCACAAGCUAUGCUCAUCGACAGAGGAUACCACUUUAAAGUUCCUUGUCACCAGUCGUCCCUAUGAACACAUUCAGGAGCACUUUCAAGAAAUCACAGACUCCUUUCCACAAUUACACUUAAAAGGAGAGGAUGAAAAUGAUCAGAUUCGCAACGAAAUUGGUCAAGUUGUGCAAACCCGAGUGAAGGAGUUGGGUAAAACAGUGCCAUUGUCUCGGGAUACCCAGCAGCGACUUCAGAAACAGCUUUUAUGCAUGCAACAACGGACCCAUCUUUGGCUACAUUUAGCCAUUGCUGAUAUUCAAUCGACGUUUAAGGAUAGCCUACGACCCGAUGAGGAGUCAAUACACAUGAUACCUCCUUCAGUGAAUAAGGCAUAUGAAAAGAUCCUCAGUCGGAUCCCCUCCGAUCAAGAAGAUACUGCGAGAAAGAUCUUCCGAAUAAUUGUGGCCGCACGGCGUCCUUUGACAAUAGUGGAAAUGGCCAUGGCUCUGGGAAUAGCAAUCAGGACAGAAUCACAGACUGCUACACAGGCUGGACUAGACCCGUCACAACUGGAUACAAAGCUCCGUCGUUUAUGCGGCCUUUUCGUUUUCAUAAACAACUCCAAGAUCUACCUUAUUCAUCAGACAGCACGAGAGUUCCUCAUCCAAGAUGCCAGUUCGAGGUCAGUUAACUUUACAUACUCGUUCAGCCUCAGCGAUGCUGAGGAACAAAUGGCUCGUAUCUGUUUGCAGUAUCUGUUGUUGGAGGAUCUUGAACAUGAAGACGAACCGGGCUCUAAAGCUCGGAGCUUUUUGGAAUAUUCUGCAUUGCAUUGGGCUGAUCAUGUACGGAAGCUGAGUUCAACUCCAAACCACGAAGUGAUCGAUCAACUGCAUCGAGUAUACGCCAUGAGUGAAAAACGUUUCUCGCUCUGGUUCUCCAUAUUUUGGAAGACAGGAAAGUCAUCCGACGUCUUUAAAAUCAAUCCGUUCCAGCUGGCUGUAUUCAAUGGCCAUGAACAGGAGAUCCGGUUUCUCCUUCCUACCAACAAAAAGUAUGUCAACAAAUUAGAUGAUACAGGAGAAUACCCGAUCUUCUGGGCCUCAGCCAAUGGAAAUGACAAAAUUAUGCAGAUCUUGCUUGAGCAGGGAGCCGACAUCAAUGCUCGGGCUUUAUCCGACAAAACUGCCCUUUACACUGCAUGCUCUUAUGGACAUCACGAGAUUGCACACAUGCUGCUAGAGCGCGGGGCUGGACGGCAUCUCCAGCGCCGGGACCUGGCAGAUAUCUUCCAGGCUGUUUGUGCUAAAGGAUACGAAAACAUCGUUCGGUUGUUCCUUCAACACGGUGCCAAUGACAAUACUUCGGGUACACACCUCGAAAUUAUCCUCCAAGUUGCUUGUUCAUCGGGUCAGGAACGGAUCGUGAAGAUGCUGCUAGAGCACGGAGCCAGUGUUAACGACAUAGAUGCCCUUAAGGCUGCUUGUCUAGCAGGACACGACAGGAUCGUUCAGAUGCUGCUAAAUUACGGGGCCGAUGUCAGCGGCGGUGCUGCUCUUCGGACUGCUUGUUCUGAAGGAAACGGAAGGAUCGUGCAGAUGCUACUAGAAUAUGGGGCUGAUGUUAGCGAUAAAAACGCUAUGCGGGCUGCUUUUUCUGCAGGGCAAGAUAAAAUCGUGCGCAUACUUCUAGAAAAGGGAGCUAAAUUGAGCGGGGAAAAUGACCUCCAGGCUGCUUGUUCUGCGGGACAGGACAAGAUUGUGGACAUGCUGCUACAACACGGAGCCGAUUUUAGCGACGGAGAAGCCCUCGAGGUUGCUUGCUCUGAAGGAAACGAGAAGAUUGUACAAGUUCUGUUAAACCACGGGGCCGAUAUUAGCGACCCAUAUCUACUGAGGGUUGCAUCCUCUGAAGGACACGACAGAGUCGUUCAGAUCCUGCUAGACCACGGAGCCGAUGCGAGCGAAGCAGAUGCCGUCGAGGCUGCUUGUUCGGGAGGCCACGAUAAGAUCUUGCAGAUGCUGCUAGACUACGGAGCCGAUGCUAGCGACUUGAAUCUCCUUAGAGUUGCAUGCUCUGAAGGACACGAAGAAAUUGUACACAUCCUGUUAGACCACGGAGCCGACGUGAGCGAUCAAUAUGCUCUCCAGCUUGCUUGUUUGCAGGAACACGAGCGCAUUGUGGAAAUAAUGCUACAACACGGUGCAGAUAUUAGUAACGGUGAUUCUUUCCGCGUUGCCUGUUCUACAGGAUACGAUGGGAUUGCGCAGAUGUUGCUAGACCAUGGAGCCGAUGCUACCGAGGGAGAUGCCUUCUGGGGUGCUUGUUCUGCGGGACACGAUAAGAUCGUGCGCAUGCUGCUAGAUCAUGGGGCCGAUGCUAGUGAUAUUGAUGCCCUCCGUGUUGCUCGUUCGCAAGGGCAUCACAAGAUCGUGCGAAUGCUGGUACAGCACGGGGCUGAGACCUGCGAUGAUGAGAAAGACGUUCAAAUCGGUCAUUCGAAGCGCAAGAUGCCGUCUUGCGUGUGUUGCUAA